AUUCUGCAAAUUUGGUCAGAUGAUAACGGACGAAGCCAGGUCUUUGGUAGAAUACCGUCAAGCCCAUUUGAGCUGCAGUUCUGCGUGGAAACUUUUUCUGUCAGCUUUCCAUUACCCUCAAGGUGAGGGCUCCUAUGAUUGAACUUAUCCUCGCUGUCUAAAGAAGAAACUUUGUAGAAGGUGACACAGCAUUUGGGGGACAAUUCAGAAUAGACCAGUGGAUUUAUGCUCCUCCUGUGAACCGACCAAGGACACACUCUGACACAUAGCACAUCAGGCCUGUUUUGGGAUUAAGCCUUGCUAUGGAACAGAGUUACAAAACUCCGCACGUUUAUUCUGUGGAUGGCAAUCCAAGCUUCUCUCAAUAUCCGAUCAGACCCUCAUGCCCGGUGCUAGUGCCAACCUUAAAGAAACAAAACACAGACCGUAUAAAGGCAUGCGUCAUCCUGAUCUUGAUCCUGGCUCUAAUAAUACUGGUACUGUUAGCCUGCGGCAUUUUCUUCAUCUUCAAUCUUCGCAGCCAAAUUGAGAAAAUCACACAGAAACAGAUUAAGGAGGCCGAAGGUCAACAUGCAAAGUUUACUGGACAUAAGCAACCGAUAAAGCCAUCUGAAAAUAUCAGAGAAGCUGCACACCUCACAGGGAAGUCAUCUGCUGCCAAUACACUGCUGUGGGAUGAUACCAAGGACAUUGCUUUCACCAGGGGUGUGCGUUAUAAAGACGGGGGUCUGAUCAUCAACGAAACUGGUCUUUUCUUUAUCUACUCAAAGAUCUAUUUCCGAAAUUUGAUUUGUGUAAAGGACCUGGAGUUGGAGCAAACUUUGUUCGUUCGAACUAGUCGCUAUCCUAAAGAUAUGAUUCUGAUGGAAACCAAGAAAAAUAAAUACUGUGUUGUGAAGGAUACAGUGUGGUAUAUAAAUAGUUACCAAGCUGGCAUAUUUAAAUUGCAUAAUGGAGAUCACAUAUAUGUCAAUGUGUCAAAUACAAAUUUAGUUAGUUUUGAUCAGACUAAAACUUUCUUUGGUCUAUAUAAACUUUAGUUUACUUCACAUAUUUAUAUGUUCCUGAUAACAAGUUCCAUUCUUCAUUUUGUUAAUCUAUAGUGAAAAGGCAUUUUGACAUUGGUAAACUAGGAAAAUCUGUGCAAUUAAUCUUCCUUGCAACAGAAACAACUUUGCUUUGUUGUGAGCUAACUGACACUUGCUAUAGUACACAUUUUAUGAUACUAGUAACUGCUUAUAUUAGGUGCGUGUAUGAUUAGAAUUGAAUGUAGGCAAUGUGACAUGUAUUAGCAAAUGUGAAAACAAAAUCUAUAUCAAUUUGACUAAUUUCAUUAACUGACUUACUUAUCAGUAGGUCAACAUCUGUAAAAUAUUAAAAGGAAGAUUUAUUUAGAUUUGUAUAAGUGUAUAUAGUCUUGGUUCAUUUUGAGUUGCUGAUUGUAACAUGUGAGAGAUACUCUACGACAGUGAAUACACAGUAUGUCCCAAUGGAGACUUCUUUGAGCUUUUGCACAUGUCGAUUGUGUGUUAAGAGGUCAUUUUAUCGGUAACUAAUUUAAAAUAGGGAACUAGUCUUUGUGCAAUAAUGGUACACUUAGUAUUGCAAUAUGUAAACCUUAAAACCUGAAUUAAUUUAAUGUUUGACUUCAUGUACAACUUACUUUUGAAUAAAUAAAGCUAAUUUCAUUC